CCUUGUUAGAACAUUACUAGCAUGAUCUUCAUAAAAACACCAAUGAGAUACCCCAUGGGGGAUCAUCAUUAGCACGGGGUUGCAUCUGCCGAAGGUUCCCCAACCUCAACCCCGCCUAUAACAACACAUUGUCCCGCUUUACACUGGGGAAACUGGGAGCGGAGUAAAUGGUAGGAACUAUUGAUGCUAGAGAAAUAGUGAAUAAGAAGGUGAAGAAGUUCGUAGACGGUAGGUGUGACUUUGACGAUAGAGGAACUUCGGAAGAGCUUAGACAAGUAUACUACCACAGCUAUCAUGACGGCACGAACCAUCCCAGUUAUCAUCCCGUCGUUAAAGGAGAAGCAUAGCGGGGCGCCGGCACGACUGAGCCAGGAAGCUAAAGAUGCGCAUGCUCGCUUGUAUUCCAACCGUACGCUCCCAGUCAGUCAGCAGAGGAAGGGUCCGGUUCGGCUGCCGCCAGAUGUGUCCCUAGAGAAAUUCGAGACCGCGGUCAAGGAGUUGAGGGCAGAAAUAGGGGAUGAGAAUGUUGAAGUUAACGAUAAGCCGCUAGUGGAUGGGUGGUACAUGGAGCACCCAAACACUCACGAUGCAUUCCAUAUCGCGGAUCAGGAAGAACUCGUCAGUAGCGCGACGGUGUACCCCGGAUCGACGGAAGAAGUCCAGGUCACGGUUCGCUGGGCUAACAAGUUCGGUAUCCCUAUCUAUCCUAUCUCCAUCGGCAGGAAUCUAGGCUAUGGAGGCGCAGCUCCUCGUAUGCCUGGGGCGAUAGUCGUCGACCUUGGUAAACGGAUGCACCAAGUUGUCAACAUCGACGCGGAGAACGCUAGCUGUGUUGUCGAGCCUGGUGUGACGUACUUCAAGCUCUACGAGGAAAUACAGAAUCGAAAGCUUCCGUUAUGGAUAGACACUCCCGACCUGGGCGGCGGCAGUGUAUUAGGCAAUGCUAUUGACCGUGGCGUUGGCUAUACGCCGUACGGCGACCACUUCGCAAACCAUUGCGGAAUGGAGCUCGUCCUACCUAACGGUGAAGUAUUGCGUACGGGAAUGGGCGCAAUGCCGGGACCAGAUGGAGCGGAUAAUCCUACCUGGCAAUCAUUUCAACAUGCGUUCGGCCCAGCCAUCGACGGUAUCUUCUCGCAGAGCAAUUUUGGAAUCGUGACCAAAAUGGGUUUCCAUUUGAUGCCUGAAACUGGACAUCAGUCCUACUGCUUCACUUUCCCGCGCGAUGAAGACUUCGAGCACAUCGUAGAUAUCAUUCGACCCCUAGCCCAGAAGCGCAUACUGGGGAAUAUUCCUCAAUUGCGCCACAUUAUCCAGGAGCUCGGCGUUACCGGUGGACGUAAGAAAGAUUUCCACGAUGGGACUGGUCCAAUGACUCGUGAAGAGAUCCGAUCUGCGGCCUCCAAGUUACCUCUUGGCGAUUGUUCUUGGGUCUUCUACGGGACUCAAUACGGACCGCCGGAGGCCAUCGCCGCGCAGCUGGAACUCAUUAAGGGAGAGUUCGGAAAGAUCGCAGGCUCGCGAUUUUUCUUACCCACCGAUCUUCCAGCCGAUCAUUAUAUACACGCCAGAGCCUCGGUGUGCAGCGGCGUGCCGGUUCUGAGAGAUCUAGAUUGGCUUAAUUGGGUACCUAAUGGUGCUCAUUUAUUCUUCUCGCCAAUUGCGCCAACGCGUGGCAAGGAUGCUCGCGCGAUACAUGAGCUAAUCGUAGCAGCGCAUCAAAAGCACGGUUUCGACUUGUUUCCGACGCUGUGUGUAGCUGGUCGUGAAAUCCACUAUAUCACGAAUAUCAUAUAUGAUAGGGCGGACCUUGAAGCUAAAAAACGCGCCAUACGUAUGUGUCACCUAAUAGCCCUCUUUGAAGAAGUGACAGUUGAGGUAUUACAUACAUGCUAACCUGAUUUAUAGGUCUCAUGCGUGAGAUGAUAGAUCAGUGCGCCGCGAGGGGAUUUGGUGAAUAUCGCACGCAUCUCCUGUUCGCCGAUCAGGUAGCUAGUACAUACAACUGGAAUAAUUCGGCGUUUAUGCGUUUCAAUGAGACGAUUAAGGAUGUAUUAGACCCGAACGGGAUUCUCGCCCCGGGCAGGAACGGCAUAUGGCCCAAGAGGUUCAGGGGAAAGGGAUGGGAGCUGAAAGUUGAUGAUAUUGACUUCACGACGAUUGGGCCACGUCCC